AUGGAUCCUGAGUCGCAUGAGUUUCUUGCCAUUCCUUCUUCAAUAACAGGUGAGAUAUAUAAAGACAGAACAACCCACAGAGAGAGAGAGAUGAAAGAAAGGUCAUCAACGGAACAAGGUGAUGGUGUUUUGAAGGGGUCAUCAUUAGAGAAAGGUGAUGGUGGUUUGAAGGGUGGAGAUGAGAAGGUUCCAUUCCACAAGCUCUUCUCAUUUGCAGAUGGAUUGGAUGUGUUGCUGAUGAUCUUUGGGACCAUUGGUGCUAUUGGGAAUGGUCUUUCCAUGCCUAUGAUGACAGUCAUCUUUGGUCAGCUUAUCAACUCCUUUGGAAAGUCUAACAAAGACAACGUUGUGGAGGAAGUCUCCAAGGUAGCCGUUAAAUUCGUGUACUUGGCCGUGAGUGCGGGGGCAGCAUCCUUCCUACAGGUGUCGAGCUGGAUGGUGACGGGAGAAAGGCAGGCCACGCGAAUUCGUGGGCUCUACCUGAAAACCAUACUAAGGCAAGAUAUGGCAUUCUUUGACAAGGAAACCAGAACAGGAGAGGUGAUUGGGAGGAUGUCUGGGGAUACCAUUCUCAUUCAAGAUGCAAUGGGUGAAAAGGUUGGCAAGUUCAUACAGCUUGUUUCUACUUUCUUCGGCGGCUUCACAGUUGCAUUUAUAAAAGGAUGGCAUCUGGCGCUCGUGAUGCUUUCAUGCAUUCCUCCCAUGUUUGUAGCUGGUGCAACCAUGUCGAUAUUCAUAUCAAAGGCAACCGUUCGAGGACAGAGAGCCUAUGCUGAAGCAGGGAAUGUUGUAGAACAAACGAUAGGAUCGAUUCGAACGGUUGUAUCAUUUACUGGUGAGAAGCAAGCCAUAGAAAAAUAUAACAAAUCACUGAAAACUGCAUAUAAAUCUGCUGCCCAACAAGGGCUGAUUGGAGGCAUUGGACUCGGCACCGUCGUCUUGGUCUUAUUUAGCAGCUAUGCAUUGGCUGUAUGGUAUGGUUCCCAGAUGAUAAUUCAAAGAGGGUAUACUGGUGGAGAUGUUGUCAAUGUCAUGAUGGCAGUUAUGACUGGUGGAAUGUCCCUAGGCCAAGCUUCCCCACCCAUGAACGCAUUCGCCGCUGGGAGAGCUGCAGCAUACAAGAUGUUUGAGGUAAUCAAACGGAGACCACGGAUCGAUGCAUAUGACACGAACGGUGCUGUUUUGGAAGACAUCAGAGGCGACAUUGAAUUAAGAGAUGUACACUUCAGCUACCCAGCAAGGCCAGACGUUCAGAUAUUUUCUGGGUUUUCAUUGUAUGUUCCAAGCGGCUCGACUGUUGCUCUAGUUGGAGAGAGCGGCAGCGGGAAGUCGACAGUAAUCAGUCUGGUUGAGAGAUUCUAUGAUCCCCAAGCUGGUGAAGUGCUAAUAGAUGGCAUCAACCUGAAAAACCUACGACUCAGUUGGAUCAGGGAGAAGAUCGGACUCGUUAGCCAGGAACCCAUCUUAUUUAUGACCUCUAUAAAAGAGAACAUAGCAUAUGGAAAGGCGGGUGCAACGCGUGAAGAAAUUAAGAGGGCAAUUAAGCUUGCCAAUGCUUCAAAGUUCAUAGAUAAGUUACCACAGGGGAUCGACACGAUGGUUGGUGAGCACGGAACGCAGCUGUCUGGUGGACAGAAACAGAGGAUUGCGAUUGCCAGGGCAAUUUUGAAGAACCCCAAGAUCUUGCUUCUUGAUGAGGCGACUAGUGCACUAGAUGCCAAGUCGGAGCGGAUAGUUCAAGAAACGUUAGUAAGGAUCAUGUUAGAACGGACGACCGUGGUUGUUGCCCAUCGUUUGAGUACAGUGAGGAAUGCUAAUCAAAUAGCUGUGGUGCAUAGGGGAAAAAUUGUAGAGCAAGGUUCUCAUUCAGAGUUGAUUGCUGAUCCUGAUGGGGCUUACUCUCAGCUUAUACGCCUACAAGAGAUGAACACUCGAGAUGAGGAACUGGCCAUGGACCCAGAUGAGGUUGAUCCAAGGUCUGAGAUUAGUAAGGUACCGAGCAGAUCGGGAAGCCGAAGGUCCUCUCUAUGGAGAUCUACAAGCAGGGCUUCUUCAGGUAAGAGAAGUGGUACGCAUGCAUCACUUGCCUACGGUUUGAUUCAUGCCAUAAGCACGCGAGAGGACCAAGAAGGAAAAGAAGGUGAAGAAAGUGAUAAAGAGGAAACCAAAAAUACAGUCUCAACGCGACGGCUAGCCUACCUAAAUAAGCCAGAACUGCCAGUACUGUUGUUAGGAUCUCUUGCUGCAGCCAUACAUGGAGUGACCUUCCCUCUAUUUGGGAUACUUCUUUCAAGUGCCAUAAAGAUUUUCUAUGAGCCUCACCACAAGCUUGAAAAAGAUUGCAAGUUUUGGUCACUGAUGUUUGUUGGUCUAGGGUCUGUUAUUCUGGUAGUGGUACCACUGCAGCUGUAUCUGUUUGGAGUUGCUGGUGGUAAGCUCAUUCAACGCAUCCGUUCCUCGUCAUUCGAGAGGGUGGUCCACCAAGAAGUAAGCUGGUUUGAUGAGCCGAAGAAUUCAAGUGGGACCAUCAGUGCGAGGUUAUCGACGGAUGCUUCGACUGUGAGAAGUCUUGUGGGGGACACCUUAGCACUAAUGGUUCAGAACUUAUCAACAAUCACUGCAGGCCUUGUGAUGGCCAUGCUUGCUAACUGGCAGUUAGCUCUUAUAAUUCUUAGUCUUCUACCUUUGGUUGGUCUGCAAGGAUACGCUCAGAUGAAAUUUCUACAGGGGUUCAGCGCAGAUGCGAAGGAGAUGUAUGAGGAAGCCAGUCAAGUGGCAAAUGAUGCAGUUGGUGGUAUUAGGACAAUUGCAUCUUUCUGUGGAGAACAGAAGGUUAUGGAUCUUUACCAAGAGAAAUGCGAAAUCCCAAUGAAGCAUGGAGUCCGACAAGGAAUUGUAAGUGGCAUGGGUUUUGGCUUCUCCUUCUUCGUGGUCUUCUGCACGAACGCCCUCAUUUUCUAUGCCGGUGCUCAUCUUGUACAAGAUGGGAAGACAACAUUUUCCAAAGUUUUCAGGGUUUUCUUUGCUUUGAUAAUGGCAGCAUUUGGAGUCUCGCAGACUAGCGCAAUGGCUCCAGAUGCAACCAGAGCUAGGGAUUCAGCUACUUCUAUUUUUGCAAUUCUUGAUAGAAAGUCCAAGAUUGACUCGAGUAGUGGUGAGGGAACAACAUUACCCAUUGUGAAGGGUGAAAUUGACUUCAAACUUGUCAGCUUCAAGUACCCAACUCGUCCAGAUGUGCAAAUCUUCAAAGACUUGUGUUUAAGCAUUCCCUCUGGAAAGACUGUAGCUCUUGUGGGAGAGAGUGGUUGUGGAAAAUCUACAGUAAUCGCCUUACUAGAGAGGUUCUAUGAUCCUGAUUCUGGCCAGAUAAUGCUAGAUGGAGUGGAAAUUCGAAAGUUCAAGAUACAGUGGUUGAGGCAGCAGAUGGGGUUGGUUAGCCAGGAGCCAGUUUUGUUCAAUGACACGAUCCGUGCCAAUAUAGCUUAUGGGAAACAAGGAGAGGUAUCUGAAGAUGAGAUCAUUGCAGUCGCAGAAGCAGCGAAUGUACACCACUUAAUAUCGGGGCUUCCGCAAGGAUAUGAUACCUGUGUAGGUGAGAGAGGUGUGCAGCUGUCGGGUGGGCAGAAACAGCGGAUAGCGAUUGCAAGAGCAAUACUGAAAGACCCAAAAAUCCUAUUACUUGAUGAGGCGACAAGCGCAUUGGAUGCAGAAUCGGAGCGCGUAGUUCAAGAAGCAUUGGACAAGGUGAUGGUGAACAGGUCGACCAUCGUUGUUGCGCAUCGUCUCUCCACAAUCAAAGGAGCUGACAUGAUAGCAGUGGUGAAGAAUGGGGCGAUAGCAGAGAAAGGAAGACAUGAAAUGCUGAUCAAGAUGAAGGAUGGAGCAUAUGCAUCUUUAGUAGCACUUCGCAUGUCUUCCACAUGAUAAAAAAACAAAAAGGGUGAGAGAGAAGAGUCUCACACAUUGCUUGGUUCUCUCACUUCUUGAAAUAUUGCUCCUGAAGUGAUUCCAAGAAAAACUAGCAGUACUCUUCAUUAAAUAGAAAGACUUAAGAUCAUAUUACUUUUAUGCAAAUAUUCUUAAGCUAUUUUACUACAGCUAUUUGUAUCCAAUCAUACAUACUUUGUGUUGUUCUACAUAUGAUUGCUU